AGAGCAGGCGAGACCAGCGAGGGACCAGACGAUACCGUGAGGCGACUUGCAGCUGCUUGAUGAAAAGAGGAAAACAUUUAUUUUUACUGACAGACAGAGGCAUGGAUUCAUGGAUGACAGGCGUGUUUGUGCUCUUUGCACUGUUCAUGCCUGUUUGCUGUGACGAAACUUUUUUCACUGAUCCGGUCAUCUGCUACUUUCUGGACGCGUUUCUGAUGGUUUACUGUAUUGCUGCAACGGCGCUGUUCUUCAGAGAAAAAUUCUCCAAAAUGCCUCAAGUUCAACCGGAGUCUGGAGAAAAGGGGGGCAUUUACCAGGAACUCGAGAGGCCAAAGGACACUGAUGCUUAUGAUAUGCUUGACCCCAAAAAAGCAAAGGGAAAAAGUGACAGGAAGAAGAGAGCUAAGAAGAGCCAGGGCAAGCCGAAGGAUAAGGAUCAGUAUGAAUCUGUUCCCACCAGCCCUCGGCCCUCUGCAGCUCCGUAGCGACGCAGUUGCAGAAACAGAAAGGUUCAUUGCAGCUGAGAUGAAUGGAAGAUUACUGCCCGUUUUUUUAUGUAAAGGUUUUCCUUUUCUCUUCGCUUUUUUGUAUCGAUAAGCACUUCAUUUAUUUAGUGGUUCAUUAGAUAAAACGUGGUUGGAUUUUUGGGAGACAUGAGGUUUUGUACCGAUGAGAACAGAUAGUUAUGCGCUGUGUAAAACAAGACGACCUAUUUUCUUCACUGUCUGGCAUUAAAUCAGACUAAACAUUUCCUGUCUUAUGUCAGCUUCUUAAGUUGUUUCUAUUUGCUAAAUAGCUGAAUAAUGACAUUUUUACCUUCUUCAAACCCAGAAGUUUAAACACACCUACUGGUUUGAUUCUCAUUUGAGUAAAAUGAAGGCAACUCAAAACUGAGAGCUAUUGAUCUUCACAGUAAUAAAACUGAUUCAGCCUGUGAAAAAGCAAAACAUCUUGUAAAAAACCUUGGCUGAAGCUGGUGAAUGUCAUUACAUGGGCUGAAAAAGCCACACAGCAAGAACAUUUUAAGAGAUUCUUUUGCAAUAGCACUCUGGGGCAAAGAGCUUGACUUUUACAGGCAUGUUGAAGUGAUUACUUCUACAUUUGUAGGAUGUUUGAUACUUGCAAACAUCUCACGUGUGAAGUAGGGGUGUGGCAACCUUCUCCUGAGUGUUUUGCUCCAGGAUAGACUGAUUAAAUGACUUAAGAAAAGAGUAAUAAAUACAAAAACUGAAGCAGCAUCUCAAGACGUCAGCCAGAAAGUUAAAGCUUGGACUUAAAUUCAGUUUUCUAAAUGGUGAACAACACUAAUAAUCCCGCUAAGUUAGCUACAAAGUAACUUUAAGGACAAGAACAUCAAUGUUUUGGAGUAGCCGUUAAAAAGCCUGGAUCUGACUCCAACAGGAAAUGUGUGAGCCGAGCUGGAAAAAUGUGUGAGCGAUGCCACCUACAAAGCUGACUCAAAAUUCCCACAAAUGAUUUGACAGAAUAUUAUUAAAAGUCACCAAAAAUAUUCGACCCCACUAAAAAACUGAAUAGCUGAAAUUGUAAUUUUACCACAUGCUAAAGAAGCACAAGUAAACUUUUGACGUUAAAGUAAAAAAAUAAACUUGGAAAAAUAGUCUCCUUCUGACAUUUAGCAAAUAGAUGAAAAUUAAUUCCGACUAAAAAUUGGAAAGGUUUAGUCUGAUUUUAUGUUUUUGUUUUUUUAGCCUGCUGUCAUGCUGCAAUAAUAGUAAUAGAGGUAUUUUCUAAGCAUAGUAAAGCACAGACUGAUGUAAAAUUGAAUACAAUAGUAUCUCUACAGACGGAUUCACUGUACAUAACAGGAGAAAGCACAUGUCAAAACACUUGGAAAACAGUUUUAAUGAUGUUUACAACAAAAAAAGGAACUGUACAUUUACAGUAAAAGAUUAUCUUUGUAUGUGUAUAAAAACAAAAAACAAAAAUACAGCAGACAAAUGCAUCAAAAUCUACUAUGUAUCCUGAUUCACAUACUUAAAACUCCUACACAAUCUUUCAUUUCUAAACCUCCAGGACUGGAGGCCUUUACUUAUUUUUCUUUUUUUUUAUUAUUCUUUUUAGUAAUAAUAUCAGAGCAGUGUCCCUCUCUCAGUGUUGUAUUUCAGGUGAAAACCAAAACUCCUUACAUUCGAGUCCUGGAAAGUAAAUCGAUAGACUGCAGAGUAAGAAAAGGGAGGAAAAUAAAACAGGAACACAUUCCUUUAGAUCAGCCCAAGCUUCCAACAUGAAUUGUUUUACAGAACGCAUUUCUCGAGAUACACUGACAUAAUAUGUACAUGGUUGUCAUCUUUUUUUUUUCUUCUUAUUUUUCAAUUUUUUAUUGAAAGCUGUGGUUGCCUGGGCCGGAAAACUGAUAAUCGCACACAUGACACACCCAAAAAAACAUACAAAAAUACCAUAUCUUUAACCUACUAAGAGUAAGACAGCUCUGCAAUUAGUUCCAUGCUGUGACAGAAAAUAAAAAAAAAAAUAAAGAGGUUACAACAAACAGACGCUUUUCACACAAGUUUUUUUUUUUUUUUUUUUCUUCUCAGAAAUAUACCAAAAUAUACAUCUAAGCUUUGGAAUUACUGAGGCUAAGGACUAAAAGCCAGAGCUGGGUUUUGUCUCUUAAUACACAUGCUGCAGGGCGGGAAGGGCGACACAGAAAGAGAGAGAAAGAGAGAGAUCUUUGGUAUCUGCGUUUGUCAAAAAAGUUAAAUAUUUGGAUUUUUGCUUUGGGAUAGCGCUUGUGAGAGCCGGGCGGCCUCGCCUGGAGUAAAGCCUUAGACAAAAGUGUCACCGAAGCCCCGUCGGGUCUGAGCCGGGCGGGGACGGACCGUGAUGCAUAGUGUCACAGAGUCUGUAGAGAAGAGACGACGGUGAAGGGAAGGACGUGUGUUUCUGGAGACAUGAAGGGGGAGCGAGGGGAAGAAGAAGUCCUUGAGAAAGAGAGAGACGCAAUGGAAGAAAGCAAGGGAGGACGUACAAAGUCCUGAGCAGGUACAACGUGCACAGGAUCCACCCUCAGCGUGUAUUAACAAACAUCACCCAGCUAUCACCACAUUGGUUCGUGCCCGUCACAGAGGCCCGCUCAGCCCCCUCUGAUCCCCGCCCACAGGCACUGAAACCGCUGCACCGACAAGACGCACAUUCACUACGAGAAAAGCACAAAAAAAAACCCCAUCCCCUUACAGUCGAAAUGCUUUGGGACUCUGGAGGAUGAGGGACGUGGAGGGAGUGCAGCCUGGAUUAGAUGCUGAGCAGUGAGGCGGGGAUGGGCGAGACGACGGCGUUGCUCGCGUACAAUCAAGUUAGAAGUCUUUGGUUAGCGUUGGUACCACAGGAAACCGAGAGCGGGCCACGACAGGAGGAACCUGCACAUACUUGUACCGUGUCAUAAAUGACAAACAGAAAUAUGGACAAAAAAACCAAAAACAAACAAAACAGGAUUGUCAAACUUAAAAGGAAGUGUAUAAACACAAAGACGAGGGUAGGAAAUUAACUAAAGUGGCAACAAAAGAUUGCAGAUUUUUCAGUUCUGACAAAUGUAAAGACACGUGUGUGCACAAGUCGUGAAGGAAAAAAACAGCAGACAUUCACAAGCACUGGUGUGUAAUCUGCCUCCACCUUGUGGCAGUACAGGUAUGAGCAGGCUUCUCCACCGACAUUUUUUUUUUACUUUUAAAAACAUUUUUAUUAUCUUAUAAGUAGAUUAAAGCAGGUUUCACUCAGUUUCGAGUUAAGAAAUGAGGUAUACAACAGUUUGUUUUGCCUUACUGGUGGUCCACCUGUUCUUCCUCCACAGCAAACUGACAUAAUCGGGCUCAAUAUAGUCGCCUGGUUGAACCACGAGAUCGCCUUGAAGUCUCAAGAUCACCUACUGACAGUGAAGCACUAAAAGCCAAGAAAACAGCUCAUAAGAAUAUCAAAUAAAAAAAAGAAAAAACAAACAAAUCAACCACAAACGGUAGGAUUUUCCCAAAGCAGGCUCGGCGAACGGCCUGCUUGAAGCCUGUGGCCUAAUCAGUAGACGAACUCAGUCAAAAAAAAUUUAAAAAAGAAGUAAGCACUCCUCUAUAAUAAACUUUUUGAAAGAAAAAAGAAAAUCACUCCUUACACCAGCUGGAAGAUGAGAAAAAAUGCACCGUAAAGGUUUGCGGACAACCCAAACACACUUUCACACACAAAAAAGCCACUGGAAUUACAAGUAAAGCAUUUCCCAACCUGGCCAAAACAAAACACACAUCACUAAUCUCCAAAAUGCCCCAGAUAGCUACCAUUUCAACAAAAUGCACCAGAUUUGCCCUCACACACACACACCCCAACACAACGCUACAAUGCUCAUGUCUUCUACGUAACAGUAAGGCAUAAACGAUAAUGUUAAUCCUCUCUUGUCAAACUACAAAAGCCAGUGAUCUUAUCCUCUCACGCUAUACAAAAACAAGGCAAAAAGUUAAAGAAAAAUGAUUGUUAAAGACAACACAGCAAAUCAAAUUCACAACAACGCAAAAAUAAAAUAUUAGCAAUAAUAACAAUUAUAAAAUAAAGCAAUAAGGUCAGAUGCUUCAGCGUCUCGAGUUCCUCCGGUCAAAAACAGAGGCAUCCUCACUAACUUCCUCUCAUAUUUUUGGUCAGGUAAAAAAAAAAAAAAAA